GCGGAAGAAGCUCGUACGUAAUAAUUUAGAAAAUGGCGGACAAAGGGCAAUCUCAAAAUCCCCAGGGGCAACCUUUAAUGAAAAUUGGUUAUUAUAUAUUAGGUGAAACUCUUGGUGUUGGAACUUUCGGAAAAGUAAAGACUGCUAAGCAUGAACUCACUGGCCAUAAGGUAGCUGUUAAGAUAUUAAACCGGCAGAAGAUCAAAAACCUAGAUGUUGUUGGUAAAAUUCGUCGAGAAAUACAAAAUUUGAAGUUAUUUAGACAUCCUCAUAUAAUUAAGUUGUAUCAAGUCAUCAGUACUCCCACUGAUAUAUUUAUGAUUAUGGAAUAUGUCUCUGGAGGAGAAUUGUUUGAUUACAUCGUGAAACAUGGAAAAUUAAAAGAAGCAGAAGCGAGGCGUUUCUUUCAACAAAUUAUAUCUGGUGUUGAUUACUGCCAUCGUCAUAUGGUUGUACAUAGGGAUUUAAAGCCAGAAAAUCUUCUCUUGGACCAGCAUCUGAAUGUAAAGAUAGCAGAUUUUGGAUUGUCGAAUAUGAUGAUGGACGGAGAAUUCCUGAGAACUAGCUGUGGCUCUCCCAAUUAUGCUGCUCCAGAAGUGAUAUCAGGAAAGUUGUAUGCAGGACCAGAAGUUGAUAUUUGGAGCUGUGGCGUUAUAUUGUAUGCCUUACUUUGUGGGACUCUGCCUUUUGAUGAUGAGCAUGUGCCUACUCUUUUUAGAAAAAUCAAAUCUGGAAUCUUCCCUAUUCCUGAUUACCUAAAUAAAUCUGUUGUGAAUCUAUUAGUAUACAUGUUACAAGUUGAUCCAAUGAAAAGGGCUUCUAUGAAUGAUAUUAAAGAGCAUGAGUGGUUCAAAAAAGAUCUCCCUGCAUAUCUAUUUCCAGCUUCAAACGAUCAAGAUACCUCCCUCAUCAACACAAGUGCUCUGAUGGAAGUUUGCGAAAAACUAGGAGUGACGGAGCGUGAAGUGCACAGUGCCCUUCUGAGUGGUGACCCCCACGAUCAGUUGGCCAUCGCUUACCAUCUGAUUCUGGAUAACAAGAGGAUUGAAGAUGAAACUGCAAAGUUGGAGAAAAGUAGCUUCUAUUGGGCCUCCAGUCCACCUCCAACUACUGGAGGGGAUAUUAGUAGUCCAGGUAGAACUCAUCCUGAAAGGAUUGGAGGCAGACAAAGAAUGAUGAGUGGUGGUAAUAGUACUGAUAAAAGCAAAGGCACUCCCAUGAAGAGAGCCAAGUGGCAUUUAGGUAUUAGAUCACAAAGUAAGCCAUUCGAUAUUAUGACUGAAGUGUACAGAGCCAUGAAAGCACUUGAUUUUGAAUGGAAAACUGCAAACCCAUUUCAUAUUAUAGUGAGAAGACAUAAUCCAGUUACUAAAAAACAUACUAAAAUGACCCUUCAACUGUACCAGGUAGACUAUAAGAGCUAUUUGCUCGAUUUCAAAUCACUUGCAAACAGUGAAGAAUCAGACAGUCAGAGUUCAUCUGAAUCAAUUUCGUCCAGCUGUCAGCAAGCAUACAACAUAAUGGAGUUUUUCGAAAUGUGCGCUUCACUCAUUGCUCAGCUUGCGCGUUGAUAUCUUGUUGAUUGAAAUUUUAGGUUUCGUUUUUUUCUCCAAUUUGCGUAUAUUCUAGGCGUUUUCGUUUUCGCAAAAUGCUAUGGUUCCACGUUUUGUAAUAAAUGUACAUUUUGACUGAACAUUAGAAUGUUGUAAAUAUUUAUACAUGCCGAUACUGGACCCAUGUAUACAUGUAAAUCUCGAAUGUUUUAGCGCCCUGUAAUAGUUUAGAUUCAGGGGGACUUGUAUAAAUGUGUUGCAAUCAGUAGUGCUAUUUGUGCGUUUUAAGUGUUUUUAUUUGAAAAGUGUGCAAAACAAGAGAAAAAGCAAUAUUGUAUAGUCUUUACUGAUAUGUAGAGUAUAUAUAUAUAUAUGUAUUAUAGUAUUGUUUUUAUGAGUCACAAAAGAUUUGUUUAUCAUUAUGAGCUUUUUGAAAUCUUCAACACUGAUGUUGCUUUUACACAGCCCUUCUUUUUAUAAUAUCCAACAAGCUGACUGUAAUCUGUGAUCAUGAAAAGCACAAAUAAAAUUCUAUCAUUUCUCUUA